UUGCUCUUCCUGAAGACGAGUCGGUUUCGCUUUCGUUUCUCCCUGUCAGACUCUCAGGAGUGGAAACUGCACGGAGGACGAACCACGAAGUUUAGUCUGUGGCUUGAGACUGAUCCUGAAUCUGGGCUCUUAAACUUCUCUGCAGGUGUGAUCAUGGCCUCUGAAGUUGCACCGAAAGUCAAUUUGAAAGAGGCGGAGGAACUCGCCCUCUCUCUGAGCGACGCCCUCAGCAGCGGAAACAGUCAGGAAGCGGUUGAACUGUGCCAGAGGUUGUCGCAACUGUCUGUUCCUGUGUCUGUCAGUGUCAAUAAACCAGCCUACCCGCAGGACUCCAUAAGGUUGAGAGUCGGAGUCGAGGAUGCUCAGUCAGAAACUUACAUCCCAAUGACCACUGUGGUCUCUGCUGAUAUGACAAUUGCACAACUCAAAGACCAGAUCAACACUGAGUUCGGGUUCGCGCCCACGCUGCAGCGCUGGGUGAUCGGCAAGCGGCUGGCUCGGGACAGGGAGACGUUGUACAGCCACGGCAUUCGUAAGAGUGGGGACCAGGCUUUCCUGUUCAUCCUCUCCGCCCAAGCUGCUCACCUCACACGCCAUCAACACAAACUGGACCAAGAGCAGCAACGCAUAGACGGCAUCGUGGAUUCAGUGGUGUUGAUGCCACAUUUUCCCAGGGGGCUGCAGGGAGGAGGUGAUGGUGAGAAGACGGCUCCUCCUCCACAGCCCAGGCACACUGCUCCUCCUCCUGUGGCUCCUAAACCUCCGUUGGGCUGGGCCUGCACUCAGUGCACGUACGUGAACAAACCAACUCGUCCCGGCUGUGAGAUGUGUGGAGGGGAACAGCCAGAGGAUUAUGAGGUGCCUGCCAUCUACCAGCCAGACCAGCAGGAGGUUCUACGGAUUCAGAAGGAACAGCUGGCCAUUUUGCAGUAUGAGCAGACUCAGCAGGAAGAGCGAGAGAGGAACUAUCUGGACUUGAUUGAGGCAGAAGAUCAGAACCUGAUUCCCAAUGCCACAGAGACAGACUGUCCCAUCUGCUUCUCCACCCUGGAGCCGGGAGACGGCAUCGUGCUCAGAGAGUGUCACCACACCUUCUGCAGGGAGUGUCUACAAGGGACAAUAGUGAACAGUCAAGAUGCAGAAGUGUCGUGUCCUGAAGAAUGUGACAGUAAAAUACCGGACCGAGAAAUCCGAGCGCUGCUGUCUGAUGAGGAGCACCAGCGUUUUCUGGAGAUGCGUCUGAGCAUCGCAGAAAGCUGCGCAGAGCACAGCUUCCACUGCCAGACUCCCAACUGUCGAGGAUGGUGCGUCUACGAGGACGAAGUCAACGAGUUCCAGUGUGAGCUCUGCCAGGAAACCAACUGCAUCCUCUGCAGGGCCAUCCAUAAAGGCAUGAAUUGCAAGGACUACCAGGAUGACCUGCGCAUCCGAGCAGAGAACGACCAGGCGGCUCAACAAACGAAGCAGAUGUUAGAGAGCCUCCUGCAGAAUGGCGAGGCCAUGAAAUGCCCCAGGUGCGACAUCGUCGUCCAGAAAAAGGACGGCUGCGAUUGGAUCUGCUGUUUGAUGUGCAAGACAGAAAUCUGCUGGGUCACCAAACAAGCUCGCUGGGGACCAAAUGGCAAUGGUGACACAUCAGGUGGAUGCAGAUGUCGGGUCAAUUUUCAGCCUUGUCAUCCCAACUGCAAUAAUUGCCACUGAGGCGAGCACAAGUGAACAAAUACUUUGUGUGUGUGUGAGAUGCAGACCUCAGCUGAUGUGCAGGCUUUUGGCUUAACACAGGAUACAGGCCAAUAUUCUUUUGAUUUGUUUCGUUGACUCUUAGACCUGAUUUCUGGACUUUACUCAGGUGCUUUCCUGCUGCUGAAGCACAUCUUUGUGUGGCUACCACUGAUAGAAGUUUUGUAUGGAAGUUAUGCAAAGUGCCAACUUUUGUUUCUGCAUCUCUACAGCUGAGGAUAUUAACUUUCCUCGUGAGAACAAAAGCAAGCUAAACUGGGAUUCUCUGCUAUAAUAAUAACUUCUUGUGAGGAAGCAAUGCUUCAUAUACAUUUCUAUCUUAUUUCCACAGCCGUUAUAAUUUGUUGACUCAAGUCUAGCUUCAACUCCAAUAAUGCACAGAGAAAUGUAUGAAUAUUCCCUCACAUACAGUAUAUAAAGUGUAAGAGUCUUUUCCUAUGGCUACAGCUAAUUAACUACAUCUAACAAUAUUUACCAAUACAUUAUCUAUACUGCUUUUCCUCUUGAGGGUCAUGGCGGGGAGCUGGAGCUGAUGCCAGCUGACAUUGGCCGAGAGGCGAGUUACACCCUGAAGAGGUGGCCAGUCCAUCGCAGGGCUGAAGUACAGAGACAAACAACCACUCACUCUAGCAUUCACGCCUACGGUCAAUUUAAUCUCCAAUUAAUUUAACAAUCUAACAAUGUUCCUACAUUAAUUAUUUCUUUUCUACAAUUCAUUUAGUCAAUUAAACCAGUGACAAGAGGAAUGUUUUAUCUUUAAUGGAAGUUUUUAAACAAGGGUUUUUCUUUCAGUUGUCUAAUAAGGCUGAGGUGAAGGAUGUUGUUUUAAUUGUUGGAAAUGUGUUUACAAUGUGUUGUGUAAUGUGAUCUAAUGUGUUAACAAGCUGCUCUGGUGCAAGGAGUUUGAAGUAUCAUGUUUAAAUCAUGAAAGGUGGAUGAAUAAGGAAGAUGUAGUUUUUCAGUUCUUUGUCCAUUAAUGAAGCCUUAAAUUAGUUGUAUAAUAUGUAGUAUAAUAUAUACAAUAUAUUUUCUUUUUGUGGGGUAUCUACAGAAUGUGCAGGUUUCACCAUUACUUGAAACGUGUCUGAAAUAAACUUGGUUCAUUUGUCUUCA